AUGAGUCCUACAGCCAUCGUCAACGACAAGGACGGGGAGGUCUCCAAGGGGACGCCUCGCCUUCUGAUUGAGUUUCCUCCACCGGCAGCAGCCGACAAUCUUACCGAGAUUUCUGCCAUCACCAAGCUCGUGAACCACGUCUUCAUCGAAGGAGAAGCCGGCAUUUGGAACAAUGGCUACGUGCGCACCUCUGACGCAGAGGUAACAGACCUCAUUCGCAAAGGCCAAUUGGCCGUUGCCUAUCUCGCCUCUCCAUCUUUGGCAUCCGAGAAGAAACCUUCAGCCGAGCAACUGGUUGGAAAAGGCCCGCCGGUGGGAUGCGUGUGUGUCAAGCGAAACUCGGACACGCUGUGCAGCCUGGGCAUGCUUGCCAUCGACAAGGCGUACCAAGGACUUGGGCUGGGCCGCGAGAUAUUCCAGUUUGUCGAGGACCACUGCCUCUCUCUGGGCUGCACCACGCUCGGGCUGGACAUUCUGGUGCCGACGAGCUACGACCAUCCGCUCAAGACGAGGAUGCAGGCGUGGUACAAGCGGCUGGGAUUCCGGGAGACGAGGCUGGCCGACUUUGCGGAGGAAUACCCUGCCUUGGCGCCGCUGCUGAGUGGACCUGUGGUGUAUAGGGUGUUUGAGAAGAAGCUGAGAUGA